GGAGCUGGGGGAAGAAGAAAACCCAGAAUCAAAUCAAAAGGUAAAAAACAAAUUAAAAGAAAAAGGGAAAAGUAUACUACGCAGAAGAGGUGGUUCAAAGUUCAAUGGCUGAGAAGAAGGAAAUGAUUCCGCAACAAUUUGACAUCGAUGCCAAAUGGGACGCCUGCAUUGAUCUCACCGUCCGUCGCUUCGUCUACUCCGCAACCGCCGGUGCAUUUGGCGGUCUCCUAUUUUUCAGGAGUCCUGUGACUCGAUGGGCAUCUAUUGCUUUUGGUGCUGGAGUUGGAAUUGGAUCUGCAUAUGCAGAAUGUUCUCGUCUGUUCGAUGGACCUCCAACAAAUUUACCCUUACCUAAGGUCUCCGAAACUGCUACUCAGGACUCUGAUUAGAAGCCAUAAGGGAUCCUGGUUCCUGGACGGUGGUGAAUCAGAAUUUUCUUGUGAUUGUUGAUGUUCCUUACAGCAUUAUUGCUCUUCAAAAUGUUGCACUACCAUGAUUUCAUAAAUGAACGGGACGUAUAUUUUAUUCCUAAGCUUUUACGCUUUUGAUUUCCUGUAAUCUUAAGUAAUGUUUAUGUGGAGAAGGAUUAAAAAGGAAGCUUUCUUCAGAUGUGAUUUUCCAUUUGCUCUACUUUGAAUCCAAUCUAACUUUUAAGUAUAUUCUGAAAUCGGAUUGGUGAUUUAACUGAA